CCUCUCCACAGGCUGCACAAACCUUCUCUUUUUUUCCUCAAACAGGGGGAGAGAGAAAGAGAGAGAGAGGAGAGAGAGAGAGAGAGAUGUCGAAGCUCCUCUGCACAUCUCGUUUGAAUGGCUUGCAUAGUCUGAGCUUCUCUGCAACCAUACUGAAGUCUUCAUUUCCGGUUCAACUCGGUCACUCGGCAUAUCGUCCUCACCUCGAUUACCAAACCUAUGUCUCUCUUCCUAGCUCACUCUCGAGACGGAGAGUUAUUCUUCAAUCCUUGUAUGGUUCAAUUCGCCCAAGGGACUUAUCAGUUCGAGCUUUCGAGUCGGCUUCCGAAACUAAGAACGAGGAGAUUCCGAGGAAGGACGAAAACAUUUCUUCUUCUGAUAGUACUAAAGCAGACACCAAGCUCGACGAUAAUGGAAGCUUGAGAGGAUCCAAAGAUGAGUAUCCGAGCGGAGAAUUUGAGUUCAAGGAGAUUAGUGGCUGGAAGAACUUUGCCGUGAAACUGCGGAUGCUAAUUGCAUUUCCAUGGGAACGUGUCCGCAAAGGCAGCGUUUUGUCCAUGAAAUUACGAGGCCAGAUAUCUGAUCAACUAAAAAGCCGCUUCUCUUCAGGGUUAUCUCUACCUCAAAUUUGUGAAAAUUUUAUAAAAGCAGCAUAUGAUCCUCGUAUAUCUGGUAUCUAUCUUCAUAUAGAACCCUUGAGUUGUGGGUGGGGCAAAGUUGAAGAGAUACGGAGGCAUAUACUGAAUUUUAGGAAGUCAGGUAAAUUCAUCGUGGGCUAUGUCCCAGCUUGCGGAGAGAAGGAGUAUUACCUUGGCUGUGCUUGUGAAGAGCUAUAUGCUCCUCCUAGUGCUUAUUUUGCAUUGUAUGGUUUGGCAGUUCAAGCAACAUUCCUAGGGGGUAUUUUUGAGAAAGUAGGAAUUGAACCACAAGUCCAAAGAAUUGGUAAGUAUAAAAGUGCUGGUGAUCAACUCACACGUAAGAACAUGUCUCAAGAAAAUUGCGAGAUGCUGACUGCAUUACUUGAUAACAUCUAUGGAAAUUGGCUGGAUAAGGUUUCCUCCAGUAAAGGGAAGAAAAGAGAAGAAAUUGAGGCAUUCAUUAAUGAAGGGGUUUAUGAAGUACAAAGGCUUAAAGAAGAAGGUUGGAUAACAGAUAUACGCUAUGAUGAUGAGGUUAUCUCAAUGUUGAAAGAGAGGCUUGGAGUAAAGAAGGAGAAGAAACUAUCAAUGGUUGAUUAUAGGAAAUAUUCCAGAGUCAGAAAUUGGACUCUUGGCUUGUCAGGAGGUAAAGACCAAAUAGCGGUGAUCAGAGCCUCUGGAAGCAUUAUUCGUGUUCGUAGUCCAUUAAGUCUUCCCAGUUCGGGUAUCAUUGCUGAGCAGUUUAUUGAGAAAGUCCGUAGUGUAAGAGAGUCAAAAAGAUAUAAAGCUGUGAUCAUACGGAUUGACAGCCCUGGAGGUGAUGCUCUUGCUUCUGAUUUAAUGUGGAGGGAAAUCAGACUUCUAGCUGCAUCUAAACCUGUCAUUGCAUCUAUGUCUGAUGUAGCGGCAAGUGGAGGAUAUUACAUGGCAAUGGCAACAGGAACUAUUGUUGCAGAGAAUCUAACAUUAACUGGUUCAAUUGGAGUUGUGACAGGAAAAUUUAAUCUGGGUAAUCUGUAUGAGAAGAUUGGCUUCAAUAAGGAGAUCAUUUCAAGAGGAAAAUAUGCUGAGCUCAAUGCAGCUGAACAACGCCCUUUCAGACCAGAUGAGGCAAAACUUUUUGCCAAAUCUGCACAGAAUGCAUAUAAACAGUUUCGAGACAAAGCAGCCUUUUCAAGAUCAAUGGAUGUAGAUCAGAUGGAGAAUGUUGCUCAAGGGAGGGUAUGGACUGGCAAUGAUGCAGCUUCCCGAGGUUUGGUUGAUGCUAUAGGUGGUCUCUCUCGAGCUGUUGCUAUUGCGAAACAGAAGGCUAACAUACCCCAAGAUAGACAGGUUUCACUAGUUGAGCUGUCAAGACCAUCACCUACCUUGCCAGAGAUCUUAAGUGGCAUUGGCAAUUCCAUAAUUGGUGUGGACAGGACCGUUAAAGAAUUGUUGCAAGACUUGACUUUUUCUGAUGGAGUUCAAGCAAGAAUGGAUGGAAUCAUGUUCGAGAGACUGGAGGGAACUUCCAACACCAACCCUAUCUUCACACUGAUGAAAGACUAUCUAAGCUCCCUUUGACACGAACUGACCUUUCAAUCAUUUUAUUUUUCUUUGCUGAUGGCAAUUCAAGGAUUUGAAGGAGAAAUGGAGAUUUCCUUGUGGCAUCGAAUGAUCAGAUGAAUCAAUUUGAGGGUGGGUUUACCCACUUCUGAGAUACAUAGGACAACAUAAGUAGGAAACAGGUUCUAUCUAUUUCAGUUUUUGUUCCGUAUAAAAAUCCCUAAUCUAUUUACAUAUAUUGGGAAAAGAAAUGAUUUAUGCAUGUUGUAUACAAAUCCUUGAAAAAUACUCUGUAUACUGUAUACAUACUGGCCAAAGAAAGGAAAUGAGCCAGUUGCUUUUUUAGAUGUAUUCUUUCUGAAAAGUGUGGAUUCGAUAAAUUUAUAUAUCAAGUCGGCAUCUCUCUCUCUCUC